AUCAUUGGCGCAGAAAUAUACAGAAAUAAAAUAUGACGCUGAUGAAGCAGAUGUCGGAACUCAGUAGCAGAUCAUAAUAUUAUUUUGAGACCAAUGCGUCGACUGACGACCACGCUCCAGGUAUGCUACGGCACGAAGAAAUGACCAACAUCACAGCAAAAUGGACCAUAAGUACUGGACGACAUGGAUGAGAAUCGCGUGCAUACCACUCGCGCUGCUCACCACCACGGUAGCAGACUUCACAACCGAAUGCCAGAGGCCUUGUGACUGCAGAUGGCAGUCUGGGAAUAAAGCCGCUAUUUGCUCAAACUCAAGUCUUAAAGUCAUACCAGCCAACCUCAGCAACGACAUUCAAAUACUAGACCUAUCAAAUAAUAAUCUACAACAACUGCAUCAGGAAGCGUUCAGAAAAGUCGGCCUAAGUAAUCUUAAGAAACUCUUCCUCAAAGAGUGCUCCAUCGAAGUAGUACACAAAACUGCGUUCGUAACUCUCGCAAUCAUGAUAGAACUAGAUUUGUCGAAGAACAGGAUCCGAUCACUGCACCCCGAUACGUUCAAAGGCACAGAGAAACUGAGAUUAAUAAACUUAAGCAACAACUUUAUCGAUAAGUUGGAGGACGGUAUAUUUCGCAAUUUGAAGUUUCUUCAGAAAGUAGAGGCGAGCAACAAUAGGAUACAUCGUAUAGGAACUAAAGCAUUUGUCAACUUGCCCCAGUUGAAAAUAUUGAGGUUCAAUGGGAAUAAUUUGAAUCAUAUGAAGCCGGAGACUUUGAUGGGUUUGAGAAACUUAUCCGGGUUGGAUUUGCACAACAAUCCAUGGCGUUGUGAUUGCAACCUCCAAACGUUCCGUGAUUGGGUGAUAAGCCACAACCUAUACACCCCUCCCACGUCGUGCGCGGAACCAGCAUCUGUACAAGACAAACUUUGGAAUGAAUUAGACUCGUCUAACUUUGCGUGCCGGCCUACAAUCCUCGAGCCGGUACCAGACGCGACGGUCAAAAGUUACGAUGAAAACGUGACUCUGACUUGCAAAGUAGUAGGGAACCCACCACCUGAAGUUGGCUGGCGGUUUAACGGUAAAACUAUUGAGAUGAAGGCCUUUGGAGAGAUUAGAUACGCAGUCGCGGAAAAUACUAUGGAUUUGAUCAGAUGGGUGAAUUUGACUAUAAUAUAUGCUCGAUAUAGUGAUAGAGGUAACUAUACUUGUGUGGCUGAGAACCCUGGCGGUCGUGACGAGAAGACUUUAACGCUAGUGCUUUCAAGAUAUGGAGGAGUAGGUACCAUAGCUGGUAUGGACACAGACUCCUUCGCAAUUUUAGUUGGUUGCCUAACAGCUAUAGUUAUUAUUUUUGGGGCCGCCUUAGUGAUUUGUUAUUUUACAACCCAAAACACUGAAAUCAAAAGACUGAUUAAGAACGAUGCUCGUUCUUCGAAUGGAGAUGUGUUGAUAGAGGGUUCAGAAGCUUCUGAAACUGAGAAGGGAAUGAAGAUGGAGGUGAAUCCUGUGUCGAAGCCGCCUAGAAAGUAUGAAGCUCCGCAGUCCUUCACCAGUGAGGCUACAGAGAUGUCUGAACUGAAUAGAACUUUACUAGACAACGAAUCUGUAUUAGCAUCAACUGAGGACAACAGCAGGCACCAGCAAGUGGAACUCCCAAAAAUAUCCCAUGAGGCAUUGCUCAUGGACCGCCUAGCGCAAGAACAUCAGGCGUACCCACCAGACCUCCUCGCAUUCCCUCUUAGAGGAACCCAAGUAUCCCCAGCAGGAGGUUCUUCGCAAGACACAGACAGUCCCAUAAAAUCCCCAGUGUACGGAGUAACAGCCAUCAACCCUGCCCUUUACAGCAGGUUUCAAGGUCAAAGCUUACAAGGAUCGAUUCCCCUCAUCAGCUCCAAGGGCUACGUCACAUUACCCAGAAGACCGAGAAUGGUUCCUGAUAGCAGUCUUCGUCCCCAAGUGUUCUCCACCCUCAAUGGUGUCAUACCUUAUUACGACACUUUCAAUAUGAGGUUCUUCAACCACGGUGGGAAUUACUACAGCUUGAACAAAAGCGAGAUAGAUUUGGGUCCUAUAGCGAAGAUGCCUACGUACCCUGAUGAUGAAGAGCCUGCCCCGUCUCCUGCACCUGGUACUCCUCAUGCAACGAUACCUAGAAAUAGCUUGAGUUCUCCAAACAUUCACAAUCAGCUCCAAAUUUUGCAAGCGAUGUCUGUCAACCAAUUCGUGAAAUCCGAACAGAGGCCAUUAAAAGUGACCAUUGCUGAACACGAGGGUCUGUUGAAGAAUCGUGACUUUAAAUCAGGUUAUUCAGUGAAUGUUGUUAGUGGGACCUUAGGUAGGUCCAGGACUGCCCCCAAGCCACCUCCUAAACCUAGAAAGAAGAACAGUGAAGUGAAGGAACCAUUUUUGAUGAACGCUGCUGAAAAUGCAACGCAGGUGUAGAUUAUAGAAAAGUGAUGUACGAAAGAAAAAUAUGUAUAAAAUAAAUAUUUCUUUAGAAGGACAAUCGAAUUUGGUUUUAAAGUGCUACUUUCUCACGGGUCAGCAUUUAGAGAUUAAAAUUACUUAAUUAAAAUUUCAGCGGAUGUAGACAGUUUUUAAUUUUCAUUUUGGCCUUAUUUAAAAUUAUAUUGCGUUAGCAGAUUCCAAAAAUAGAUUAUUCAAAGCGACAAUGAAGGUAGCUUGGCUGUUGAAAAUUAAGUUAAUUAGUAUUAAUUAGCUAUAUUACGCUCAGUCUUGUGUUAAUUAUAGAUAUAUUCCCGUUACCUUAUUUAUAUAAAUGUCUUCUGUUCAUAAUAUAAUAUUAUAUUGGGCUUUGAUGCUCUCGUUCUUUAAAUAGUUUCCGUAAUAAUGACAAAGA